ACUCCUCUUUUUAUCUCGUUUAUACAUCUUUGAAAUCAACAAGUGACCACCAGCAUUUCCAUCCCAUACAGUGAUGCUGAAAAUUGGGAAAUUUGUGUUUCUCACUCUGCUAGCCGGUUCAGCCUCAGCAGCUGUUGCGGCCAGACACCCCGUGGAGCCUUUAGAGGCACGAAUCAUCGGAGGCAACGCUGCUAGCCCCGGAGAGUAUCCAAGCCAACUGUCACUGCAGUACCAGGCAAGGCACACCUGCGGAGCCUCAAUCAUCAGCGAAAAAUACGCCCUUACUGCGACUCACUGCGUAAUUGAUCGUUUGGCUGAAGAGUUGACGAUUAGGUCUGGGAGUUUGGACAUUUACGGUGGUGACCUUCACCAGGUGAUCAACUACACCACGCACGCGAACUACAGUGCCUUCUACUCGUCCAAUAACGACAUCGCUAUUAUAGAAGUGCUCCCCGAGUUCGUUUACAGUGCUAACGUGCAACCGAUCACCCUUCCAAAUUUGGGAGACGAGCCGGCGGUCGGCUCUCCUGCCACAGUGAUUGGAUGGGGUCGAAUUGGCGUCGGCGAGCCGCUAAGCGACUUCCUUAAAGAAGCCGUCAUAGAAAUCAGGAACCAGACCCUGUGCGAGCAAAUUUACAACGACAUUGGCUAUGACGUCUACCCUGGCCAGAUUUGCGCUGACAUUCCUGAAGGAAACCUGGGCUCAUGCAAUGGUGACAGCGGCGGCCCUUUGUUCGUGGACGGUGUCGUACAUGGUCUGGUUUCGUGGGCGUAUGGUUGUGCCAGACCUGGUUACCCCACUAUUUACAACAGGGUCGCUUACUACAGGGAUUGGAUCUUUGAACACUCUGGAGUGUAAAACUGUAGCAUUCUAAAAAGCAAAAAUAAAAUAAAUAAUGACUUUCAUCAAAACUUU